AUGGUGAUGCCGCUCUGGGGGAAUUUGAACACGUAUGAUAUGAACAAGUCAUUGGAAAUCGUCUCCGUGGUCGGCCCUCUCCAGUCGGGCAUCCCAACGCCGGAUCCCACCGUCCCCCGGUACGCCGAGCUUGGCUUUAACCAGUUUACAUCCCUGUUCCUCAUCAUGGACGAUACCUUUCUGGCCCACUGGCAGGAGCAUCGGGAGCAUCGGGGGGACGUCACGGCCGAGUGA